CCAUCGUGCGUGGCUGCAUGUAAAAACAUACAUUUGUGUAACACCAGUGCAAUCAACGUUAUGCUUACUUCUUUAUAUGUGCUUGCUUUACAACCAUGAACCACCUCGCAUAGAUCCGUCCCAUUUUUUGAUUUCUUCUCGUUUACUGUAUGCAUCGUCUGAAGAACCCUUUGUCACUCGUACACAAGUCGUACGUCAUUGCAAUGGCAAUAUUGAAUGACGCGGUUAAAAUUAUAACGCGUUCUCUUGUUUAUGGGUGAUUAUUACGACUACAGAACCCGCGCUAGAGGUGGACAAAAAGAGCCUUCUUCUGUUACCAAUGAUGAGGCCAAGAAUAUAGUGAUAAAAACAGAUGCCCGUAUCCUGGAACAAUCAGGCGAAAUCCCUUGUAGAGCAUGCCGCGACUUUCGAAGCUGGAUGAAGUUAUCAAUUGCAAAUUUCAAGGCUGGAGGCAAUCCAAAAAAUGGCCCUUUGGAUCAACCUGAGAACACCUCGUGCCCUCUUGAUCGCUCUGAACUAGGCAGGCAUACGUGGUAUUUUCUACAUACGAUGGCGGCGUAUUAUCCGCAACAACCUUCCAAGGACGAGCAGGAGCAUAUACAGGCCUUUUUCAAGGCCUUCGGGCAGUUCUAUCCAUGCGAUCAUUGUGCGAAUGAUUUUCGUCAGGAAAUGCAAAAAUCACCGCCAAGGGUGACCUCACGAUGGGAGCUGUCGAUGUGGCUCUGCGAGCAACAUAACAUCGUUAAUAAGAAAAUAGGGAAGACUGAGUUUGAUUGCAGCAGGGUUCUAGAGCGAUGGCUGGUUGGACCACCUGAUGGAAGUUGUUCAUAGAAUAUUUAUCAAUAAAGAAUAUAUACCUCUUUUUAACCUUUUAAAUGCA